AUGACAACUACUAUGAAAAAUUUUCCGUUAUUAAAUGAAAUUGAUGAACAAAGCGAUUUAGAUAAUAUUGAUUGGAACAUAAAUGCUUUUCAAACAUUACUCACGUCUAAUUUACCGAUGACAACAAUAUUUUAUUAUGCUAUUGAUGUUGGUUUUCGACGAUUAGAAAGUAGUUUAUAUGAAACUUAUUGGGAUGUUACAGCUGAUGCUUUGAAUGAUUUAUCUGAUUUUUUGUUUAAUACACCAUCUAGUUAUGAUAUAGAUCCAUAUUUAAUUGAAGCAAAAUGUCAAUUAUUAAUGUAUGCAUCGAUUGCAAUUAUUAAACUACAUACACUCAGACGUCGAUCAAUAAAUGAAGCUAAAAUGUCCUGUGCAACAAUAUGUUUAUUAUUAUUAGAACAAAGUAAAUCCUACGAAACUCUAUUAAUCAAAAAUCAAUAUUCAUCUUGUAUUCAUUCAAUGCGUCUACGAUAUUUAAAACGAAUGUUUAUUAUUGGACAAUGGUUAUCAACUUUAUCAAAAGCACAAUUAAAUGAUAUCCAAUCAAAUCAUGAACAAUAUGUUGAAACUAUGAUUGAUCAUUUAUUUCGAGCUGUAUCUUUAAGAGAUAAAAUUAAUGGAUUUAUUGAUAAUUGUUUACUAAGUAAUAGUAAUAGUGGAAAUGAUUUUCCUGAUAAUGAAACAACAUCAAGUGGUUUUGUAUUUAUUCGACGUUUUCCAAAAUUUAAUGGAAAAACUAUUGAAAAACAUAGUGAUCUUAUGCAUAUGGGACUUGUUAAUACAUUAAAUCAAUUCGCUCUUAAAUUUGAAGGCAAGGGUUUUCAUAGAAGACUUACUAUUCUCGAUAUGAUAACAAAAGAAAUCAAAUCUAUAUUUUGUCAUCCAGCUAUAUGUGAACGACUUGCUUCAAUGCUUAAUUAUUUUUUACAACAUCUAGUUGGACCUAAACGACGGAAUUUAAAAGUACGUGAUUUAAAUGAAUAUUUAUUUGAUCCGCCAAAACUUGUGGCUAAAGUAACAGAUAUUUAUUUAAAUUUUUCUGAAUAUAAUCAAUUUUGUGCAGCUGUUUCAAAUGAUGGAAUGUCAUACAAUGAACAACUUUUUCCGCAAGCUGUCGAAGUACUUCAACGAAUAAAAUAUCCGUCUGAAAGAAUCGAUGAAUUUUUACAACUUGGUGAACAUAUUAAAAAAAUUGCUGCUGAACAAAAAGAAGAAGAUGCUGCAUAUGAUGACGCACCUGAUGAAUAUCUCGAUCCGAUUACGAGUAUAUUAAUGAGUGAUCCUGUUAUGUUACCAAGUUCUCGAACAAUACUUGAUCGUACAACAAUUGCACGACAUCUUCUUAGUGAUCAAACUGAUCCAUUUAAUCGAAAUCCAUUACGUAUGCAAGAUGUGAUACCACAGAAUGAAUUAAAACAAACAAUUGAACAAUGGAAAGCUUCCCGACGUGAAUAA